GAAUUCAGAAGAAUGAGUCGGAAGUCGCUAGAUGGUGGUGAGAGGGUUAAAUGCAAAUAAGCCAAUCGAGCCCCCGACACUCCUUCGCUUACUUCAUCCCCGCCUGUCUGAGAUCAACGAGGGCAUACUGUCAACCAUCAUUCACUACACACAAAAUUAGGCCUGUAAUUUGCAGACAUGGCGACUCUUAAAGCGCUAUCUAGAGUGGAGAGUGUGAUCAUCAGGAACGUGACAGCGACGAUCAAGACGAACAUCUCGCGAUUCUCCGUUGGCAAGCAGACGUGUGGCUGUUACUUUUCCACUUCAAGUCAACGGUCCGGACAAUUUUAUUCAGACCCCCUAGACGCCGUCAAAGAUAUUCCUAAUGGAGCAACUAUUCUUGUGGGAGGUUUUGGCCUGUGUGGUAUUCCAGAAAAUCUCAUCAACAGUUUGCUGAAGACAGGAGUUAAGAGCCUGACUGCAGUCAGCAAUAACGCAGGAGUGGAUGACUUUGGCCUGGGCCUGCUCCUUCGGACCAAACAGAUCAAGCGUAUGAUCUCGUCAUAUGUGGGUGAGAAUGUGGAGUUUGAGAGGCAGUAUCUCAGUGGUGAGCUGGAGGUGGAAUUAACCCCACAGGGCACGCUAGCAGAGCGGAUCAGGGCCGGAGGCGCAGGCGUGCCUGCCUUCUUCACUGCCACAGGCUAUGGCACACUCAUCCAAGAGGGAGGCUCGCCUAUCAAAUACAAGAAGGACGGCACCAUUGCCAUCGCAAGUGAACCCAGAGAGGUGCGUGAAUUUAAUGGCCGACACUAUAUCAUGGAAAAAUCCAUCACGGGCGACUUUGCGCUGGUCAAAGCCUGGAAAGCGGACAAAGCUGGGAAUGUCAUCUUCAGGAAAACAGCACGAAACUUCAACCAGCCCAUGUGCAAGGCAGCCAAGAUCACAAUUGUGGAGGUGGAGGAGAUUGUAGACGUGGGCAUGUUUGCAGCAGAAGACAUCCACAUCCCCAGCAUCUACGUCCACAGGAUUGUAAAGGGAGAUAGCUUUGAGAAGCGGAUCGAGAGGCGUACAGUAAAGAAAGGCCAGGCUGAAAAUCCCAAACCCAAGAAAGACUCUGAUAUUGUGAGAGAGAGGAUUAUUCGUAGAGCUGCGCUGGAGUUUGAGGAUGGGAUGUAUGCUAACCUGGGCAUCGGAAUCCCCAUGCUGGCCAGUAAUUUCAUUAAACCAGAUAUUACCGUCCACCUGCAGAGUGAAAAUGGCAUUCUGGGGCUGGGCCCUUACCCAACAGAGGAAGAAGUUGAUCCAGAUCUCAUCAACGCUGGUAAAGAAACUGUUACAGUUCUUCCUGGAGCCGCUUAUUUCUCUAGCGACGAUUCCUUUGCCAUGAUCAGAGGGUAAGGACGAAUCACAUUUA